ACCGCCAUUGAUCUCUCGAUCCUUCUCAGACACCACACUGGACUAGACUGAUGCCAGUGGCAAAGCUCAAUACAGGUGGGACUCCAGAUGCAAAGAAAAUAGCGGAUCAGGUGAACAAUUCGCUUGAUAUUUUCAUCAGGCAAGCUAUGGGAAAGGAACCCCUACCAAGAACUGGGGAAGGUCCUGUUCAGUGGAUGCAGUGGCUUAAUUAUAUGGAUCAGUCAGAUAUUACUGGAUGGUCUUUAUCGAAUCCUUCAAACCUUAAGAUGCAGAAGUGUGAGAAGUGUUCCAGGGAAUUUUGUUCACCUAUUAAUCACCGAAGACAUAUACGUCUGCACCGUAGAUCCUCAAAUUCUGAUAAGGAGUCUCAGAAAUACAGGGAUUUUUUGGGAGCCUUUUGGGACAAGCUCUCGGUAGAUGAGGUUAAAGAAGUUGUAUCAUUGCAAGAUAUUUCACUAAAGGAAACUUCGGGAUCUGCACUUGUUCAGGCCUUGGCAACAGCUUUGGGAAAACCAGCCAUUUGGUCUCUUCCUCGUGUUUAUAUAAAGGCUGGUUCAAAGUUGUUGGAAGUCAUCCAAGCUAAACCCUCCAGGCUUCCAGUGACCUCAGAGGAAUUAUUUAGCAUUCUUGAUGAUGCUAGUGAGAGAACGUUCUUAUGCGCUGGCACAGCUAAGUCGGUGGAAAAAUAUGUUUUUGAUGGGGAAGCUGACAAAAUUGGUUUCGACUCAAAGAAUCUGGUUGCUUGCACUAGCUUCCUUUUUGAACAAAAGCUGGUUAAAGCAUGUGCUGAUGAAAAAAAUGCUGAAGCCUUGAGAUGCCAAAGGUUGCUUUUUGAGGAGGAAGAAGCUGCUAAAAAAAAGCACGCUGAGCAACUAGAGAGGAAAAAAGUGAAAAAGCUUCGACAGAAGGAACAGAAAGCAAGGGAGCAAUUAAAUAAGGAAAAAGGAAAUCUGGAGGUACCAGCUGAUUGUUUUGAGGUUCCAUUGGCAGAAAUUCAUAGCGUUCCAGGACUGUCUGACUCCAAUUCUGAUAUUCCUGAUGUAUCUCUGGAUGUCUCCACCUGUCUUAAACUGGUUCAAUUCUCCAGCAAUGAAGAUAGGAGCAUUGAAUCCCAAUGUGAUUUCUCUCACCAACACCUGGAUUUGGUAGAAGUUCAGAAUGUUGAACCCCAACCAGUGUCUGCCAAUAGUCAACGGCUUUCUGCCAAUGCUGAAUGGAAAGCUAAGCUAUUAGAGAGGAAAAAAGUGAAAAAGCUUCGAAAAAAAGAACAGAAAGCAAGGGAGCAAUCAAAUGAGGAAAAAGGAAAUCUGGAGGUACCAGCUGAUUGUUUUGAGGUUCCAUUGGCAGAAGUACAUAGCGUUCCAGGACCGUCUGACUCCAAUUAUGAUAUUCCUGAUGUAUCUCUGAACGUCUCCACCUGUGUUAAACUGGUUCAAUUCUCCAGCAAUGAAGAUAUGAGCGUUGAAUCCCAAUGUGAUCUCUCUCACCAACACCUGGAUUCGGUCAAAGUUCAUGAUGGUGAACCUCGAUCAGUGUAUGCCAAUAGUCGACGGCUUUCUGCCAAUGCUGAGUGGCAAGCUCUAAAAUCGCAAAGGUUUGGCCGAAAUGGUAGCAAUCAAAAUCAUCAAGAAAAAGUUGAACCGUUACAGAAGCACAAGGACAGUGUUUCCCCUGUUAAUAGCAAAAAGAUAUGGACUAGAAAAGUUAGUGUGGAAAGUGAUGAUGCUUCAAUACUGGAGGUGCAGAAAGAGGCAAUCGAUCAGAAGCAGAGGAACUCUGAAGUGAUGAUUGGUUCUCUAUCUAUUUCAGUGAAAGAUUGGAGCACUGGCCGACAGGGAAACUGCCCUGUCGAAGCAGGAGCUGGAAGCACAGAGCCUGCCAUGCCUAAAAAGUGCAAUAUUGUUGAGAAGCCAGCUAAGCAUAAUGCUUUUCAGAUUGGGUCAAACAGAAUAGCUGCCAAGCUUUAUAUGCCUGUAAGUCAUGAAGUUGGAAGACAAGAUCCUGAAGAGGGUGUAAUAUCUUUGAAGUUUGAUGAUCGGACGUCAUUGCAUGAAAAUCCUUUGCAGUCAUGUCCCAUGGACAGCUCUGGCACUCAUAAGAAUUGUCAGGUUCCUGAUGGAAAUGCACAUCAAGGUUGGAGAUUUUCAAUUAGCGUCGCAAAAGCUUUUCUUGCUCAGAGAUGGAAGGAGGCCAUCACUGGAGAUCAUGUCAUGUUAGUGCGUUGUCCCAACACUGAGUUCUCAGAGCGCCCAGAAGUGCCAAGUAGCAGUUCAGAAAUAGCCCCAACAUUAGAUUCUGGGGAAGAUUCUGCUGUUUCCAGUGUUGACGAUCUGCUGCCAAAAGAUGGAGUUGUUCAGUCAUCUUCAAGUAGAAAAAAUAAGGUCAAGUUUAGGCCAGAGACUGAAAAGGGUAUUAAGAUAAAGUACAUUCUCAAGCCAAAAACCCAUCAUUUAGGAAGUGAAAGGUAACUUUCUUACUCACACCCAAUUGUGCAGUUCCUAGCCAUUGCAACAGCGGUUUCUUUUUACCAGUGAUCUUCUGUCAGAGUGUUAAACAAAGAGAGUUCUAGAGA